UGGUGAUUGACUUGUAUUGACGACGAGGUGUGGAAAGACGAUAUGUCGGCGACACAGAAACCGUUGUGGGUGCAUCCUGCGCCACAAUUCAGCCAGGCGGACGGUUUUCGACGGCUGAUAAACCGAAAGUACGGCCUCAAGUUGGAGACAUAUGAUGACCUCCAUCGUUGGUCUGUCGAUGAGCUCGAAACCUUUUCCGUGGAGGUCUGGACGUUCUGUGGCAUGGUUUACAGCAAACCACCAACCGCGACAGCCGUUGGACUUGAGUCAAUGUGGCCUCGACCUCAAUGGUUCCCCGGAGCGCGGUUGAACUAUGCCGAGAACAUGCUGGCCACCGGGUUAGCAGUGCAUCCUGAUGCCAUCGCCAUAUCGGCGUGUCGCGAGGGCGGGACAGAAUGGCGACAUCUGUCUUGGAUGCAGUUGAGAGCGGAAGUCGAGAGGUACGUCAGCGCGUUCAAGCAGGCAGGAAUCUCUAAGGGAGACCGAGUCGCUGCGGUAAUGACAAAUUCACCGGAGGCAUUGCUUGUGCUGUUGGCUUCGGCUGCUGUCGGUGCUAUCUUUUCGUCGACCGCCCCUGAUAUGGGACAGAAAGGUAUCACGGAGCGGUAUUUGCAGAUUCGGCCGAAGGUGCUCUUCGUGGACACGGAAGUGCUCUACGGUGGCGGCGAGAAGGAUUUACGACAGAAAGUUAGCUCAGUCGUCCGGAGUCUCCAGGCAUCGGUUAGUGAGCUGGAGAAGGUGGUCGUUACUAGGGGUCAUCUAUGGAGUGGGACCAACUCAAUGUCUCUCGAAACUUUUCUGCAGGCGCCGCGCCAGGAAUUGAUCUUUGAGCAAGUUGAGUUCGAUCAUCCUGUCUAUAUCCUGUAUUCAUCCGGCACGACCGGCCCACCGAAAUGCAUAUGUCACGCGGGUGGGGCGGCGUUGUUGCAGCAGAAGAAAGACCUCAUGUUGAUCAAAGAUAUGGGUCCGAACUCCGUAUACUACCAAUACACUACAACUGGUUGGAUGAUGUGGAACUAUCUCGUGGCGGGACUCAGCACAGGUGCUCGAAUUGUGAUGUACGACGGCAGUCCAUCACACCCUAGUCCCGCGUACCAAGUACAACUACUCUCAGAGCAAGGUGUGACCGAAUGGGGCACAAGUCCCAAGUUCCUCGCAGCUCUGAAGCAGCACGGCCUUGGGGCCAUGCCAAACCUGGAGAACCUUGCCCUUACCUUGGUGACGGGUUCACCGCUCUCUGUCGAGCUGUCAGAGUGGUUCUAUCAGAAGUUCCCCCGCCAUGUUGCUACCUUCAGCAGCUCCGGUGGAACAGAUCUGGUGAGCGCCAUCGUGAACGGGUCAAUGCUGAGACCUUUCUAUGCCGGGGAACUUGCGACGAAAUGUCUCGGCAUGGCCGUAGAGAUCUGGGACGCCUCCGGGAAGAACAUCGAAGAUACUGGAGAAAAGGGAGAUCUCGUGAUUACGAAGCCGUUCUUCAGCAUGCCGGUAACGUUCUGGGGGGAGAAUGGCAUGGAGAAGUACCGAAAAGCAUAUUUCGACCAGUUCCCCGGUGUAUGGUGUCAUGGCGACUUCAUCAGCAAGAACCCCGCUACAAAGGGCUUCACCAUCCUUGGUCGGAGCGAUGGAGUGCUCAAUCCUGGAGGGAUACGCUUCGGCACCGCCGAGCUCUAUGGCGUGGUAGACAAGUUCAAAGAGGUUGAAGACUGCAUCGCCGUGGGUCAGCGAAGGGAACACGAUAGUGACGAACGGGUUCUAUUGUUUUUGAAGCUUGCACAGAAACCUAUGAGCAAAGAGCUGGAGCAAAGGAUCCGGACAGCUAUCAGGACCGAGUUGAGCGCCAGACAUGUGCCGUCAUACAUUCUUGAAGUCGCGGACAUCCCUUAUACUGCCAACGGCAAGAAGAUUGAGAACGUUGUCAAAGAUGUGGUUUCUGGUCGGGUACCAAAGAUUGGAGGCACGGCUGUCAACCCGGAGUGUCUGGAGGAAUAUAAAGCUUUCGCCAACUUGCCACCACUGCCGGCAAAAGCAAGACUAUAGGUUGCAAAGAUGUGGCGAUACACUGAUGUGCCCCAAGCUGGGACCAGGAGUCAAGCCUUUGUCAGGAUUUGCACCUUCAAACUUCACCUUUUUGUGGUCAAGUCCUGAUAUUUGGGUUCGGCGGCAGUCUUCCUCUGAGCCUUUGGUGUACUCGACAGCCAACUUCAAACAUGGCAGCAUUCUGAUCUCUGCUUUCGUGUCCCAACUCUCGGAUCACUCUUCUUGGU